GAUGGCUGACACAACAACAAAGUAUUGUAUAGGACGGACACUGAACUUUAUUUAAAUGAUAUUCGACUUUGGAUCUGUGUACUACAUGUAUGGGGUAAAAAAAUAAAAGCUUAAAUAAUGAAGAGGAGAAAUGUGGAUUGUGCUAAGCUUCGUAGACCGUUAAAACGGACCAAAAUUGGUGAAGGAUUAUACGGAAGCACCUUUGUAUACAUCAAGUUUCUCCUGGUAUGGCUGCUUGUAUUGGCGGCAGAUUUCCUUCUGGAGUUCCGCUUUGAAUACUUGUGGCCCUUUUGGCUGCUUCUACGUAGUGUCUACGACUCUUUCCGCUACCAGGGUCUGGCAUUUUCCGUAUUGUUUGUGUGCAUGGCACUAACAUCGGAUAUGAUCUGCCUUCUCUUCAUCCCGGUGAAUUGGCUUUUCUUUGCCGCUUCCACCUAUGUCUGGGUCCAGUUUGUUUGGCACACAGAACGUGGUGUGUGUAUGCCCACAGUAAUAUUGUGGGCACUCUUCAUCUACAUUGAGGCACUUGUGCGCCUCAAAGAUAUAAAAAAUGUUCCCUUCCACUUAGAUUUGUGCAGACCCUUUGCUGCACAUUGUAUUGGGUAUCCAGUAGUAACUUUAGGGUUCGGCUUAAAAAGUUAUGUUGGGUACAGAUUGAGACAGAGAAAGCAGCGUGAAGUUGCUAAAGAAAAUGAAUUUUAUUUGCAACUGCUUCAAGAGGCAUUGCCACCCGAGUUGCAAGUCACAUCUAGUCCUGAUAAAUGUGUCAAGGAGAAAAGUGAGGAAGUCAGUAUCAGCGGUGAGGUGGAGGUCACUUCUGCCACCAUCAACCACACGGGAGGGAGCUGCAAUCUUAGUAGCAGUUGUAGUAGUAGCAGUAGCAGUAGCAGCAGUAGCAGUAGUAGUAGUAGCAGUAGCAGCAGCAGUAGUAGUAGCAGCAGUAGUAGUGGAGGUGGAGGUUGUGUUGGUAGCAGUGGGAGCAGCAGAGGUAGUAGAGGACUGAGGGUUGAUACAAAGCUGCCUGAACAAAACCAGCCUGGUGAGGAUAGUCCCCCACCACCUAUACACCGACCAGACAAAAAUCGCCUUCCUAAUGGCACCAUUCAUGCAGAGCUUGAAUAUAUGCAGAAAAAAGGGUGGUCAAAUUCAAAAUCUGUGAAUGACUAUGAUGAGAGUGAAGCAGAGAAAGACAAGAGUGCAAAAACUAACUCUGGAGGAAGCACCCCGUGUGGUGGUGGUUCUACUCAAACUUCUGGGCUCAGUGCAAGUUUAGAAACUGAAAAGAAGCGUGUUAAUGCUUCAAUACAGAGUAACGGGUCAGCCAAGAUUCCAGGAUCUCAUACAAACAACCUAAGAGAUUCUGGUUCAGGAGGUGGAGGACCUGCUUCCCGAGAUAAGAAAAACAAAAAUAAAGAAAGCAACAAAGACAGUACUCAUGGGCCCAAGGAAGAGACUGUCAGCAUUAUUCGGCUUGAAGCUGAUAUAAAGAGGUUGAAGGCAGACCUGCAAGCAUCACGGCAAACUGAGCAGGAGCUUCGCAAUCAGAUUAAUACACUCAUCUCUAGCGAUAAAAUCACGAGGCAGGAGAUGAACCAGCUUCAGCAAGACAAUGACAACUUGCAAAAUAAGCUUCAUGGGCUGGUAACUGCUCGACAAAAUGAUAGAUCGACUAUCAGUGGACUUGAGCGUCGGCUUCAGGAGGAGCGCCGUGCUCGUACUGCUGCUGAAAAUCAAGUAGCACAGUUAGAGCGGCGACAAAAGAAAGUUGAAGAGCAAGCACAAGCUAGAGCACACGCCUUAGCCAAUGCCAAGAGUGAAUGCAGCGAAUCUUGUCGCAGUCGUCGUAAUGAGCUUGAGGCUGAACUAAAGCGUUUACGACGUGAUCAUCGUCUGUCAGAAGACCGUGUCCGAAAUGUGGAACGAGAAAAUAUAACACUACGACAGUACAAGGAUAACCAAAAUGACACUGAGGUGCUCAUGUCUGCACUUUCUGCCAUGCAGGAUAAAAACACACAUUUGGAGACUUCACUAUCUGCAGAAACCAGAGUCAAGUUAGACCUUUUCUCUGCCCUUGGAGAAGCAAAAAGACAGUUGGAGAUCUCACAAGGGAUGGUGUCUACUAAAGACAAGGAAAUUGAAGACUUAAAGGCCAAGAUCACAGAAGUGUUAGCAGUGUGCCCACCAACUAGUUUCCACAAUGCCUCUCUUGACUCGACACCCAUUCAUUACACUUCAAAGCUUCUACCACAGGUGACAACUUGUGUUAUGGAACCAACUGCUUCCUUAGUGAUGGUUGAUGGCCUCAUGGAUACAUCACUGGACUCUCUGUGUGGGCUUGGCUUUACUCCUGCUGGACACACCCGUCCUCACACACUCUCUCCGCCUGUUCCAAUCUCUCCGCCUGUUCCUAUCUCCCCGCCUGCACCAAUCUCCCCACCUGCUCCCAAGAAUCCACAACACUCUACAUUGGAUCCCAAUGCUCGUGUCUACACUCCCAAGGGCACUGUGACAUCUGAGGCUUAACUCAAGAGCCCAGGAAUGGCAAGAUCAUAGCUGAAAGGUUUUAGGCAGAAUUUUAAUAGUUUCCAUAUUUGUUUAGGCUGACAUUCUGGGUGUGAACACAAAUAGAGUCAAGUGUUUUCAGGUGUGGCUUUCAUUUUUUUUUUUUUUUUUUUUUUUUUUUUUUUUUUUUCUUUUGCUAUAGUUGACCAUUUUGCUGUGUCUGACACCUGCUUAAGAGUAGAUUAUGUAGCUGAACAUCAACAGUCUGCUAAUCAACCAGAUGUUAAUUGUUUAUUAGGCCCCAAUGAGUCAGUUUUAGUUAGGAAAGCAUAAAGUUUCAAUACCAGUGACUAGUUUGUAUCAAAAUAUGAAAUGGACAUACUUUUUAUUUAUUGAGGAAUGAAGUAUGUCAGUAUCUGGCUUCAUAAUAAAAUUAUUAUUUUCACAAAAUAUUUAUUAGUUAUUUUCAUUCAUGCACAUUGCAUCAUUUCAUCCUCCUGUUGCUCAUCUGCAUUAACUCUGUUAUCCAGCUUACUGACUAUACAAGAACUUCAUGUGGAUGUAAAAAGCCUUUAUUUAGAAAAGAUAGCUAUUAUCUUAAGACUGGGUAUUAUUAAUAUAGAUAGAGGACAAUAAUAGUUUGCUUAUCAGUGUUUUAUCCUUUAAACCUUUAUUGAUCAUUAAUACAUUACAUAUUAAGUUUGACAGAAAAUGACAGUUUAUCUGGACUAUCUUUUCAGCCCCUUUGUGGUUUCCAUUCCUGCAAUAGGAAUUUCUUCUUGAUCUUAAUUAAAAUAUUUUGUUGUCUUGUAAUUGUAUUACAAGGAGAGUGAAGAUUCAAUAGACUUAACCUGUAAUAAGCCUAUGUAUUGCACCUGUAGCUACACUAACACACCUGUGGUUAUCAGACUAAUAGACUGAAUGGGGAAGGUGUUUGUAUGAUUACCUAUUUGAAUCUGAGAGGCUGAAUUUUAUCAUCUAGGCCUGGCUCUUAGCUAAAGUGAUUUUUCUGUUUUUUUUUUUUACUUUGUACAUGUGUUUGGGGAAAAGGGAAAUAACUUGUUUUUGUUCAAGGAAUUUGAGUUACAUCUUGCAUACCCAGAUAGGUGUAGGUGUGUGUAUGUGUGUUUUAUGUUAUAACCUCUUGACCCUUAGUGCAUGUGUAAUUACUUAUUUGAAUGUUUGGUUAAGUUCUAGCUCUUGGGUUAACUUUUUAGUUUUAUUUUAACAAAUUAUGUCUAGUAUUUACAUAUGAUCCCCUAGAUAGUGUUUGCUUCUGCUGUCAUUGUCUAGCUCAUUCCAGUUUACUGCUAUUUGGCUGAACAUUUCCUUAGGUUAAUGUUUUAGUUGGAUAUUCACUAUUCAUUUGUUACACCCUCAUUAUAUAUUCUUUCUCCUAGAGUAUAUAAGCUUUCAAUUGUAUAUUCUCUUGCUCUCUUGUUCCUCCAGGACAGUUCUAGUAGCUCAGUCCUCUCAGCUGUGGUAAUAUGCUGGAUGUAUAUCUUUAGACUUUUUUUUUUAGUUUGGCUUUGUGUUAGGCUAGGUGUAACAACCACAGUAGUGUGGUGAGGUCAAGAAUUGGUUGGACAUAUGGGAAAAGAAUAACUGAUUUAUUUGUUUGUUUUUUUUAAGCUUGGCUUUGUGUUCAGCCUGACACAACUAGCAUUACUUUAUGACAGUCUGUUCUUCACAUUGCUUGUUAUUGCUUUCUCACAUAUUUCGAUUACAUGGUACUUGUUUACUGUAAAUUCCAACAUCUGACUCCAGUUUCUGAUUUUAUCCAAGUUGUCUUGUAGACAUUUGCAAUAAUUUUUAUUGCAUAUUUUGCAAGUCAGUAUGUUCAUUUAGUUUUCUGUUCCUUUUUUCUUACUCUUAACAUUUUUCUUUCAAAUUGGAUAAACAUCUAUAAUCCUAUGUAAAUGGAGAACUCUAAGCAGCAGCUUUUAGCUAAAUACAAAUAAAUGCAAUCUCCCUAUCUUUUUUCUUGAUUAACUGGCAAUUAGUAUGAAAUUAAAAGAAAAAAAUCAGAGUGGAUAGCUUAGCAUUGUGCAUUCUUAAAAAUUCCAUGCUGAUAACUUGCCUGAUCCUUUUUUUAUCAGUAUCCAACAGUAAUUUUUUUUUCUUCUUUGGUGAUUUCAGUGGGAUCUAUUUUAUAUGGUUGGUUUUGAUGCAAAUUAAGUUUCUCUAUAUUUUACUCUUCUGUAAAUGUAUUCUGUAACUUUUUAGUUAAUGUUUUUCAUAUUUCUUCCUCCAGUAAUAGUAAUUUAUACCAUUGUUUUUGAUUCUUCGUAUCUUUAAUAUUUAGUUUACCUUAACUUUUUCAAAGUUUCUUCCUCUCUUCUUACUGUUUGUUCAUUUCUGUAUUUUUUUAAUCUGGUUUGGUGCAUUGUGUGUGUUCGUGAUUAAAUACUUGUUAAGGCUACAAAGACUGAGCAGGUCCAUGAUUUCUCUCCGCUUUUGCAAGGAUCAAGCCUCAUGAUUGCUGUUGAUCUGUCCUUUUAGAACGAGGGGGGGCAAGACGGUGAUAAUUAAUGCACGGGUUAUUGCAUACAUCUUGCUGUAUGGGUAGUCCAGUAAUUCUGAUUUUCUCACCUAUCUCUGAAGUGUGUGAAUGAGCAGAGAGCAAAAGUUAAUAAGCAAGUUACUGUGUGCAUAGUGCUGUAAAGGUAGUCCAACAAUUGUCUAAUUUUCAUCUCUUAUCACAGCCAAGAUGGCAUGGAUUAACACUGUACUGGCAUUUAGUUCGAGCUUAUUGUUUGCAGUAUAUUAUUACCCUGUAAUAUAUUAUUACCCAGCUCAUUAAAAUUUAAUUAUUAUUCACCUUAUUAGAGCCAUUUUGUUUCAUGCUAGUAUUAUAAGAAUAAUUCUUUAAUAAUUUUAUGCAUUUGACAAGCAAAGUGUUGUUUUAAAACUAAGUAAAAUUACACAAAAAAUGAUUUUUCUUAAGUUCUGGAACAGAUGGCAACUGUAGCACAGUAAUGGAUAAUUCUUUAUCAGUAGUGGAUAUGAAUUCUUCUAAAUAAUCUUAACCCUGAGUAAAUUUCUACAUCCUGUGAAUUCUAGUUUUUGUAAGGUAUCUUUGAUAGUUUCCUCAUUUUCAGGAUUAUUUUCAUCCCCUGAAGAAAUUCAAAGUAGCUGAAACAAUAGAAUUUUUUUUAGUAUUGACUGUAUUUGGUAAAAGUUUGUUUACACACUCAAGCAGUAAUCCAGACAUUUUUGCCAGCAUGUCUUGGAUAGCUAAGAGAGAUUUAUUUACUGUAAUGUAUCAUAAUACUGUAUAAUGCACAUGUUGUAUGGUGAAGAAUUGACAUUGAAAUUGCAGAGCAUCAGAAGUGAGAGAAAAAUGUAUCGAACUUCACUCUCAGAACCCAUCACCAUACAUGCUUCCAGGAGCAUUCCAUUGUCUACACAUAAUCAUAUAAACUUUCUUUAAUGUUAACGGAAAACCUCUCAUUACUUCAUCAUUUAAUUUAAUUUUUUUUUAUUUUUCCCCCUUUCACUAUAAGUUCAGGUAAAUAUACCUGCCUGAGUUCCUCUCAUAAUUGACCUGGUGAUUUAAAGUUGAAGGUAUCAUUUUGUAUUGUGUAAAUAGUCAUUUUUAUUUAUAAUAGAGUAAGUGCCAUAAGUACAAAUCGUUAUAGUUCCUUCUUUUAGGAAGAGCAUUUCUCUUAUCUUGGGUAACUUUUUUUUUUUUUUUUUUUAAACAAGAGUACAUGUCAUUUUUUUUUUCAUUUUCUGUCUGGAUUAAGAUGUGUAUAAUGCUACUUAAUCAGAGUUAAGGCAUUAUCUUAUACUGUACACUGUCUCCAAAUUAAUAUUUUCUAGGAUCUAAACUGAUGUUACAAAGAUAAUACUAUAUUGCGGAUGGGAACUCAUAGAGAUUAAUCCGCUAUGCUGAUACUAAUUUAGAUAUAAGAUUAACUAAGGGUGUACUUGAGUAAUGAGAGUGGAAAUAGGUACAAACAAAGUAAAAAUUAAGUAACAGACAAAUUUAGUAAAAAAAUACUGAUAAAUCUAGAGGAAUGCUGUAGAGGUGCCACAUGGAGAAACAUACAGAGGUCAUAGUGGGUGUAUGAAAUUUGGAAUAAGUCAUACUGCUCUGUAAUGGGAUAAAGAAUAUAGAAUAUAAAUAUAGCUUGAGAUUUGUAGAGACUAAAUUACUGUCCAUGGAUUCAUAGCCCUUGUGGCUUAGCGCUUCUUUUUGAUUAUAAUAAUAAUAAUGUCCAUGGAUUCAGUGUGGGGGCCACCAUAAGCUUCAAGUAAAAAUUGUAUGUUGCUAUUUAAUACAGAGUUUCAACACUUCACAGGAGUACAGUUAGUUCUCUUAGGUGGUACUUUUAUAAAAUGAAAGUUUUUAAUUAUGGAAAAGAAAGCUUUCAAAAUUUUUGGUGAGCUAGGAAGAGUGAAGAAGUUGCUCUUUGUAAGGCAUACAUACCAUUUACUUGGUAUGUGGUAGUAUGUGGCCCUAAGUCAACUGAUCAAACUAAAAGAAUUAUACUGUGUACACAAAAAAAAAAACCAUACACAAGCACACACAUGCAAAAGCACACACACACAAGCGCACACAUGCACAAGCACACACACACAUGCACACACACAAGCACACACACAAGCACACACACACACAAGCACACACACACAAGCACACACACACAAGCA